UUAAGAAUCUAGAUUUGAAUCUUAUAUAAGUACUACCUUUGUGACCUCCCCGGGCCCUAAAGUUUCCCUUUGGACUUUUUCUGCUGAUCUUCUGUUCUAGACAUUGAAGCAGCAUGCCUGUACAACUUUCAGGAGAGAAACAAGACAUUAUACCAAAAUGUCAAGUCCAACAGGUCCCCUCGCGAAGUACAAUGCCGCCAACAAGCUCUACAAGAGCUCGCUGCUCAACGCAGUCUGCUUCGUGGCUUCCUUGAGCGUGUUCUUCUUCGGCUACGACCAGGGUUUAAUGGGCGGCGUCAACACUGCACGUAAUUAUGCUGAACUAAUGGGAUUUGGUCACUGGGACGAGCAGCAAAAGAUUGUGGUUGUUGAUAAGCCGUUGUUGCAAGGGGGCAUCGUUGCCGUUUACUACCUUCCCGGAACGCUCGCGGGGUGCUUGAUAGGCGGCUGGUUCGGUGACAGAUACGGGCGCCUCAAGACUAUUGCCGUCGCAUGCAUCUGGUCUAUCUGCACUGCGGCUCUUCAAUCCGCUGCGCAGAAUGCGGAUUGGAUGUUUUGUCCACGAGUCUUGAACGGCAUUGGCACCGGCAUGUUGAACGCCAUCACCCCAGUGUGGGCAACAGAAGUAGCUUCUCAUACAUCUAGGGGGAAGUUUGUCGCCAUAGAAUUUACUCUCAACAUCUUUGGCGUUGUUGUCGCAUACUGGCUACAAUUCGGCACGUCAAAGUACAAGGACGCCACAUCAUCCUUUGUCUGGAGGUUUCCAAUCGCAUUCCAAAUCAUCCCUCUGAUCGCCCUCUUCAUCAUGAUCUGGUUCAUGCCGGAGUCUCCAAGAUGGCUCGCCAAGGUAGGCCGAGAAGAGGAGGCCAGGUUUAUCCUGGGCAGACUCCGCGGAAACGAGGGCGAGGAUGGGAAGGCCGCAGAGGCAGAGCUGCAGGAGAUCCUCAGCAUUAGAAACCUAGAACACGACACCGCCAAGCAGCAGAGCUACUUUGCCAUGCUCUUUGGGAUAGGCUCGGGCAAACUGCACACCGGCCGUCGUGUUCAGCUUGUUAUCUGGCUUCAGAUUCUCCAAGAGUGGGUAGGUAUUGCGGGAAUCACGAUCUACGGGCCUACGAUCUUCUCGAUUGCUGGCAUCAGUUCGGAGCAGCGCCUUUGGGUGAGUGGUGUGAAUAACAUCACUUAUAUGUUUGCGACGUUGAUUUGCGUGUUCACUAUAGACCGCAUUGGUCGACGUUGGACACUGUACUGGGGUGCUGUUGCGCAGGGGAUAUGCAUGUUCUGCGCCGGAGGCCUAGCAAGAGCAACUCUCAAUGCUGAUCCCGGCAACCGUUCAGGACUGGGUGGUGCCGCUACCUUCUUCGUCUUCCUAUAUACCGCGGUCUUUGGUGCGACUUGGUUGACGGUCCCCUGGUUAUACCCCGCGGAGAUUUUCCCCCUGCAAGUACGUGCCAAGGGCAACGCUUGGGGUGUUGUUGGAUGGUCGAUAGGCAAUGGAUGGACGGUGCUUCUUCUCCCUAUAAUCUUCGAAAAGCUCAACGAAAAGACGCUGUACCUCUUUGGCGCCGUCAACUUCAUAUCCCUCGUUGUUGUUUGGGCACUCUACCCGGAGUCAAACCAACGCACCUUGGAGGAAAUGGAUCUCGUCUUUGCCAGCGAUAGUAUCUGGGCAUGGGACGCUGAGAAGGAGUUUGCCAAGAUCAAGGCCGAGAAUCCUUCCCUCGUUCACUCGGCACACAUGGGCCACGGCGUUGUCGACCCUGAAACGAGUGCGAAUCCAGCCAAGAUGGACAAUGAUCAUAAGGAGUAGGCAACGUUGCUUUGAGAUCCAUUCACUUUCCACAUGACUCAAGAUGAAGACGAGCCUCAGACGAGUAUCACAGCUCUUCCUUUUAGAUGAAUUUUGGUGUUGAUACCCGAGAACUUGGUGUAUCUAGGCUUAUAGCAUCACAAGCAGCAGACUAUUCACCAUCAAAGGUGACAGCUAACAUCAAUCAGGCAGGCCAUAGAACUUGAAGGAUGUUUGGUACAUGUACUUAGUAAAGAGAGGCUAU